GCUGAGGCGGUCGCUGGGGCUGAGGCGGUCGCUGGGGCUGAGGCGGCAGGCGCGGCCGGGAUGGCGAAGAGCCGCGGAGAGAACGGGCCGCGCGCGCCCGCACCCGGCGGGAGCCUGUCGGGGACCCGAGAGAGCCUGGCCCCGGGCCCCGACGCCGCGGCCGCUGACGAGCUCAGCUCUCUGGGUUCCGACUCGGAGGCCAACGGCUUCGCAGAGCGCCGCAUCGACAAGUUCGGCUUCAUCGUGGGCUCACAGGGCGCCGAGGGCGCGCUGGAGGAAGUCUCCCUGGAGGUGCUGAGGCAGAGGGAAUCCAAGUGGCUGGAUAUGCUCAACAACUGGGACAAAUGGAUGGCCAAGAAGCACAAAAAGAUCCGUCUGCGGUGCCAGAAGGGCAUCCCACCUUCUCUGCGAGGCCGUGCUUGGCAAUACCUAUCAGGAGGCAAGGUGAAGCUCCAGCAGAACCCUGGAAAGUUUGAUGAGCUGGACAUGUCCCCUGGGGACCCCAAGUGGCUGGACGUGAUUGAGCGUGACCUGCACCGGCAGUUUCCUUUCCACGAGAUGUUUGUGUCCCGGGGGGGCCAUGGCCAGCAGGACCUAUUCCGGGUGCUGAAGGCCUACACGCUGUAUCGGCCCGAGGAGGGCUACUGCCAGGCCCAAGCGCCCAUUGCCGCCGUUCUGCUCAUGCACAUGCCUGCUGAGCAAGCCUUCUGGUGCCUCGUGCAGAUCUGUGAGAAGUACCUGCCUGGCUACUAUAGUGAGAAACUAGAGGCCAUCCAGCUGGAUGGGGAGAUCCUCUUCUCACUGCUGCAGAAGGUGUCACCCGUGGCCCACAAGCACCUCAGCCGGCAGAAGAUUGACCCACUGCUGUACAUGACAGAGUGGUUCAUGUGUGUCUUUGCCCGCACCCUGCCCUGGAGCUCUGUGCUGCGCGUCUGGGACAUGUUCUUUUGUGAAGGUGUCAAGAUCAUCUUCCGAGUGGGGCUGGUGCUGCUGAAGCAUGCGCUUGGCUCUCCCGAGAAGCUUAAAGCCUGCCAGGGCCAGUACGAGACCAUCGAGCGGCUGCGGAGCCUCAGCCCCAAGAUCAUGCAGGAGGCUUUCCUGGUCCAGGAGGUGGUGGAGUUGCCUGUGACAGAGCGCCAAAUUGAGCGUGAGCACCUCAUCCAGUUGCGGCGCUGGCAGGAGACUCGGGGCGAGCUGCAAUGCUGUUCCUCGCCCCGGCUGCAUGGUGCCAAGGCCAUCCUGGAGGCAGAGCCAGGCCUCCGGCUGGCCCUGCAAACUUCACCGUCCAUUCGCCUGCCCCUAGACGCCCCUGUCCCUGAUUCCAGAGCCAAGCCCAAGCUGCCCAAGCAGGUCCAGAAGGAGCAAAAGGAGCAGCGGAAGCGGGCGAAGGCAAGUGGGCAGCUGGACCAGCCCCCAGCCACAGGCCAAGCCGAGGUGGCAGCUGCUGCAGGAGAUGCAUGCCCCUCACAGGACAUGGCCCUGAAGGACCCGGUCCCCCAGAACUCAGCCCACCACUGCUCCCAGGACAGUCUGACGUCCCAGGAGAGUGAGGACACCUACUUGUAACCCUGGGCUCAGACCUCUGGGGCGGGGUCUCCACAUAUGUACAAUGGUUCACAGACUGACACUCUAGGGCCUGCCCAUCCUCUGAGGGCCCGACUGCCUGGCUGCUGGGCCUGGAUGGGGUCUGACUGGUUCAUCACAGACUCUGCCAGAGGCUCCUUAUUUAUUUUCUCCAGAGUGGAGCUCAGGCCAGCCCAGCUAGGGCAGGCAGAAGUGAGGGCCAAGUAGGUGGGUCCUCAUUUGUCCUCCUCCUUCUGGAGAGAUGCUCCCCAGGGCUGGGACGCUGGUGUGAGGAGAGGGUGGGGUGAAGGGUGGGGUGUUCUUUGUGUAAAAUAGGAACAUGGUUUUGUACAGAAAUAA